AUGUCAGUCUAUAGCUUGCUGUGUUCACUAGCUGCACCCGAGCCCGUCGAGGACAAACGGGUCCUUCUCGAAUUCAUCUCCAGCACUCGCCUCUCGAGGAAUCUCAAAUGGGAUUUAAAUUCUUCAGCUUGUUCUAACUGGACUGGAGUCACUUGCAAUCAUGAGCAAUCGAGGAUUAUCGCCGUUCGGUUGCCCGCCAUCGGAUUCAAAGGCGAGCUCCGACCCAACACCCUUAGCCGAUUAUCGGCCCUCGAGAUCUUGUGCCUGAGAUCCAAUGGCAUUAGCGGCCCUUUCCCUCGUGACCUCCUUAAACUUCCCCACUUAACCGAUCUUCAUCUGCAGUACAACAAUUUCCAUGGCCCAUUGCCUUCGAAUUUCACCGUGUGGAAAAAUCUCUCGGUUUUGGACUUAUCGAAUAAUGCUUUCAAUGGAAACAUCCCAUCUUCAAUCUCCAAUUUGACCCAUUUAAUGUCUUUAAAUUUCGCAAACAACUCGUUGUCCGGUUAUAUACCCGAUCUCUGCAUGCCAAGCCUCCAAGUUUUGAACCUAAGCAACAACAAUCUAACUGGGCUCGUCCCUCAAUCACUCUCGAAAUUUCCCCGAUCAGCCUUCUCGGGAAAUAAUAAUAUUUCAUUUCCGAUUCUACCCCUUCUGAACCCUUCCUCCACGGCUAACCACAAAAAGCACUCGUCCAAAUUCAAAGAACCGCUCAUUCUCGGAAUAGCCAUCGGCGGGUUUUUGAUUGUGUUUAUUUCGGUUGCGCUGUUAUUGUUCGUCGUGAAUAGAAAGAACAACAAAAGAGACGAUACGAUGUCGAACACUUCGCAAAAGAAGGAGAAUUCAGUGAGGAGCAUGGCCUCCGAGUAUCAAGGGGUAAACGGGAAGAUCACGUUUUUCGAGGGGUGUAAUCUGGCGUUUGACCUCGAGGACUUGCUGAGGGCUUCGGCUGAAGUACUCGGGAAGGGUAGUUUCGGAACUACGUAUAAGGCGGCCCUUGAGGAUGCUACUACAGUUGUCGUGAAGAGGUUGAAGGAAGUUGUUGUGGGGAAAAGGGAGUUUGAGCAUCAUAUGGAGAUUAUCGGGAGUGUGAGGCAUGAGAAUGUGGUCCCACUCAGAGCUUAUUACUAUUCCAAGGACGAAAAGCUCGUCGUGUAUGAUUAUUAUCAUUGGGGGAGCGUAUCGGCAUUGCUUCACGGCAAACGAGGCGAAAACGGGUCCCCACUGGACUGGGAAGCCCGUCUCAAGAUUGCAACCGGGGCCGCUCGGGGCCUGGCCCACAUCCACUCCCGUUGCCACGGAAAGCUCGAGAUCCGGUGCUUUAAUCGGGCUCCAGCCCAGGCCCGAACUCCGAAUGCUGCUUGA